AAAAAUUAUGAUUUACAUGAUUUAAAAGAUAAAAUUUACAAAAGAAAUUCUGAUCUAAUAUUUUUUUCAUUUGAUGAGAAAAAGGCCAGCUGUCCUGUAGGACAAAAUGUAAAUUCGAAACCACUUGAGAAUGCAGUAGCUGUCGGAUAUAACUAAAGUAAAUAGGACAAAAAACAACCUUUUCCCCAGAAGAAGAAUACCUGGUUGAGGUGAGCGCGACGAGAAAAAAUGAAAUAGGAAGUUAAUACAAUUUCUAUGCUAUAAAAACCUGUAUUCAAUUUUUAAAAUAUUUUUUGUGGUUCAUUUAAUACCGUUAGGUCAAAUAAAUCCUCACCUUUUUUUUGUGUCAGGCGAGAGGACACAGAAAAAUGUCAUCUUGCGAAAAUUUCGAGAUGGUGCGUUUCUCGAGAGUUCUAUUUUAUUUCGAAACUUUCGGCACACUGCAGAGGUGCGAGGAAAAUAACGGAGAGAAGAAAACUCUUGCUCGGAACGGAUUUCUGGCCACGCUAUCAACUACUUGGAUCGCUUGGAUCGCAUGCUUUCAUGCAGUUUUGUUGCUCUAUGCUGAUGAUGCUUCAACCAACAAAUCAACAGAGUUCAGUAGUUCCUUUAUGCGUGUUUCGUGAACGACACUCCACCAACGACAAUAGGAAAAGUAAUUGGAUAAAAAAGAAGAAUAGAAAGUCUUCACACUUCUCGCAUAUAUGGAAGAUAAUUUCAUCGUAGAUAAUUUCAUUUUAUUCAAAGAUAGAUAUAAAGAGAAUAAAAGUAAAAUAUGGAGAGAGAUAGGCUAAUGACUAUAAAUAUAAAUGUUAAUCACGUUAAUUAGCAAACCGUGUAACUAAUGUUAUUUACAAGAAAUGAUAUUUCUUGAAAUGACAUUAUCUGUCGGAUUACCGACGCAAAGUUGACGGAUAAAAUUAAUUUUAUUACGCGGGGAUAAAACUUAUCUUAUUGGUAUUUAUAUCAUAUUAGUUGACAGUAUAAUUUACAUUUUAUGCAAAUAAAUAUUUGCGGUAAUUGUAUUAAAAAAUGUUUCACAAAGAUGUCUAAUUAAGCAAUAAUUGUUAUGUAUUUUACAAUUUUUUUGCUAUACAUAUUAAUAUGUAAUAUUAAAGAAUCAAUA